UGCAUUGCGCACGCGGUACGAUGAGGUACUGUGUACCCUCAAACCGUAAGGGAUACACUGAGCUCGGGACGACGAAGGCGGUCAUGAGCGAGGUCCACCUCCGACCUGCAUUUCGCAUUCAGCGUGGCAUUUUCUCGAUUUUUCGAAUAUUACGGCGGCUCUGGGUCGUAUAAAACCUUGCGAUUUUGCGCCUUUCCCCUCAGCGGAUACACAGCUCUGACCGGCAGCGUACUCCCAGCUCCCCUCCUCCUCACGCCAUCGUCUCCAAAUGGCUCUCGGGUCAAAGACCCUGAACUUCGAGAGCAGCAACCUAGGUGGUGAUGUCGCCUGUACCCUGCUGCUCUGCCUCACCGGUGGGGACCCCGUCGAGCCGACGGUGCACGAACGUCCUGUCAUAUGGAAGACCUCUUUGUCUUCUACUGAAAUCUCCAAAGCCACCUACGUUUGGAACGGAAGGAUGGCCUUCCACACGCAUCAGAUUGACAUCAGCCCGAGCGAGUGUCCCGGCGAGAGGACUGCGCUCGUCACGGAACCUAUCCAGUGCGGGUCCCCUCCGCUUUACGUUUUUCGCGAUCCCACUCCUUUCGAGAAAUCAUCUUCCGUCGCUGCAGUGAAUGAAACCGAUCGCACCAUGUCCGUCUCCUUUGGGUACGCGAUGAACUCGGGCGUCAUCCAUGAUGUCCGUACAUGGAAGAACCUGGGAGUUGGAAUGCGGGCUGAACCCGACAAAAAAUACCUCGAUCCCAUCCUCUCAAUCUACAUGGGACACGCGGACACGGUGGUUGGCGAACAUAUCCAGACCGACAAGCCGAUCUGGAAGAAGGCCCUAUCCGAUAUAGGUCCAGCCACCAAAAUUAGUAUCACAAGGAACGCAAAGCAGGGUUUCGUAGCCGACAGCGAGGAGAUUCCGGUCGGUUGCCCGUGCCAUUGUGAUGCCGACCAGAGGACCAGGGGGUCCGGCUGCUGCCCUCCUACAUCUAAAUCGGUAGAGAAAAAGGAGGUGAAACCUCCUACUCCCGAUCAGGACGGACCGUGCUGCUCAGGUUGUCACCCCGGGAAGGGCAAAGAGCCGGAACAUCGCGCCACUGAGCCAACCUGCACCCCCACUACUCGGCCUCCGCCCAUAGCGCCGCCUGCUCCUCCCGUUGAGCCAACUCGCACUCCUAAUGAGCCUCGCCGCGCUGCUGCCGGGCGCAUCGAUCUCGCUGCCCAGCUCACAGUGUCUGUCUCUGUCACUGGGCACCCCUCUACUUCAGCCGAGGGAAAUCCGUCCCCCGAGUCCCCCACCCCUCCUGGCUCUCCUGAGGACCAACCACCUUCGUCCGCGGAGCAGACCCCGGGGCCCGCCGCCCCCGAUCCUGUCACUGAACCAACGCCUUGUUCUAAGCCCCCUCCGGAGGCGCCCCCCAAAGCACCUGCUGAGAAACUGGACCCACCCGCCCGAGCCGGUCCUGCUGAGCUGAAAGCCACGGCUUCUAUUCGCUGGGGGGUGCCCGAGUCCACCACUCAUGCCGAGCAAACCCCGUCGCCUGCCAUUCGACCCACGAAACUUGUCGCCUCCGCUGAGCAAACCAAGACCAUCACCAGUACUAUUGCUCCCACCCAGCACACGUCCUCGCUCGAAGCUUCCUCCGGCCCUUCUGAACAGACCCGCGCGUUCGCAGCUCCUGUGCAGCUGACAGUGAUGCCCUGCGCUCUUGCCCAACAAAUGACCACGUUCGCCGGUCAGACGGGGCUACCGUUCAUCACUCAACUGCUCACAGCACCUGUUCCUGCUGGGUGGCCAGCUGCCUUGCUCGCGGCUCUUGCUACAGGGCAGAUCUUCUGGUCCCUCCCAUCGGCAAACGCGCAGGUUUUCUAUACGACAGCGGGGAACGACAUCAAUUUCGAGAUCAAACUGUCGGUGAGGGUAGCGGGGCGUCGCGGCUGAGCCAGACGCCACGCUGAGCGGGAACGUAGCGACGCGGGUCGGACGUCUCUUCGGGGAGGGCAAAGUGCGCGCCGGCGGCGGCGCACAGAGCGCGGAUAUUGUCUCGUUGCUAUAUUUCGCAUGGUUCGUUCUACUCACAGCCUCGCCCAUCGCCUCGCGCGGGUCAUCCAGGGCGAGGCCCGCCACUUCUUUCCUUGUCUCUGCUUACUCCCAAAAUUCGCGCUCAUCGCGG